AUGCUGUUGGAUGAUGAAGAUUAUCUAGAACUUUGUCCUUUUGCUGGAUUAGGUUUACCUUAUGGAGAUGUUCCAUCAGCCAGCUCUGUUGCAGGCAUUGGUAAAAUAAACGGACUGUGGUGUGUGUUCAUUGCUAAUGAUGCCACAGUUAAAGCAGGCUUGACAUUUCCUAUUUCAGUAACCAAGACACUGCGGGCACAGGAAGUAGCCAUUAAGAAUCGUCUGCCCUGUGUUUACUUGGUUGACAACAGUGGUGUAUUUUUACCACUUCAGUCGGGCCUCUUCUCUGAUAAGAACCACGCUGGCCGCUUUUUUUACAAUGAAGCUGUAAUGUCAGCAAUGAAGAUUCCACAGUUGGCGGUGGUGUGCGGGACAUGCAUAGCUGGUGGAGCUUACGCAAUGGUAAUGGUAGAGGAGGCAGUGAUUGUGCAAAGGAUAGGGACCGUAGCUUUAGCAGGUCCACCACUGGUUAAAGCUGCUACAGGUGAAGAAGUGUCUCCUGAGGAUCUUGGAGGGGCAAAAUUGCACACAGAAGUGAGUGGCUGUAUAGACUACUUUGCCUCUGUGGAGAGUGAAGCAUACCAGUGCUCUAGGAACAUCAUUACUACUUUCAACUUUGAGCUCCCAGAGGAGAGCAUCACUGAGGUGGAGGGGCCCCUGUACAGUGCUGAGGAGCUUAUGGGCCUUGCACCAAAGAGCUACAAUUACAGCCUAGACAUCAGACUGGUGGAGUAUAGACAUGGAUACAUGCACACAUACAUCUGUUCACUUAUCACUAUAGGAACAUUUUCUAUCUUUAUCCUUUUAGAUUGUCAACAUCAGGUUGGCAUCGUAGCUAACAAUGGGGAGCUGACGUAUGAAGCCUCUCUGAAAGGUAGCCAUUUUGUUCAGCUGUGUGAUCAGAGAGACAUCCCUCUAAUCUUCCUGCAGAACACAGCCCCACAGCCUGUCCACACUCUCUCACAAGCCAAGGCAGAGGCCCACUCCAAAACACUGAAAGCUCAGGGAUCCAUGAUGUCAACUGUGGCCUGUGCUUCUACUCCUAAAAUAACUAUUGUUGUCGGAGGCUGUCAUGGUUCUGAUAGCUAUGCUAUGUGUGGAAGGGCUUUUGACCCCAACUUCUUGUUUCUAUGGCCCAAUGCUAGAGUAUCAAUUUUGGCCCCAGGUUAUGCUGGUGCUUUAGCGCAGGAUGAAGAGGAGACUAUGCGCAUUAAUGAGCAGCUGGAGGAAGAAAGCUCAGCAUUCUUCUCCUCGGGCAGAAUAUGGGAUGAUGGAGUGAUUCUUCCACAAGACACAAGAAAGGUUUUGGGAAAAUGUUUGAAAAUCAUCAAGCAAAAGCGUUACCAGCUGUCUACAGAAAAGCUGACAUGCCCCCCUCUUCGAAUGUAA